AUCGACCAAUGGGUGAAUGAUACAGCUGCUCGAUACCCAACACUAGCGAAAGAGUUCGUUAUUGGUAGCUCGUACGAAAACCGUGUAAUGAGAGCAUUGAAGGUUGGAAGCGAAUCGAGUGAAGUGAAGCCAGCAAUGUGGGUCCAUAGUGGUAUUCAUGCCAGAGAGUGGGUAACGCCAGCUACUAAUACAUGGAUGACAAAUCAGCUCCUUGUCGAUUAUUCAACAAACGAUCUUGUGAGAACGCUACUGGACACAUUCGAUUUUUACAUUCUACCAAUUACCAAUCCUGAUGGAUAUGAAUACACGUGGACAGAUGAUCGAAUGUGGCGCAAGACUCGGUCUGUGAAUGACGAUUCGACGUGCAUCGGCGUAGACCCUAAUCGUAACUGGGCCUAUGAAUGGGGAGGCAGUGGGGCCAGCAAGUUUCCUUGUUUCGAUACAUACCGUGGUCCUUACCCACACUCUGAAGUCGAAGUCAGAAACGUGGCAGAUUUCAUUUUAGAGAGAGCAAAAACACAAGAGUUUGUCUUCUUCAUGGAUAUUCACUCGUAUUCGCAGAUGUGGUUGAAUCCCUGGGGCUACACGGAAGAAUAUCCUGAGGACUACGAGGAUCAUAUGAAAGUUGGCGAGAUAUUCACUGAAGCAGUGGCGUCAGUCCAUGGACAACAAUAUACGUACGGUACCAUCCCAGAUUUACUCUAUGUAUCGUCAGGUUGCAGCGUUGACUGGGGGCAUGGCAUUAUGGGUAUCAAAUAUUCCCAUACCACAGAACUCAGGGACACUGGGGAAUAUUCAUUUCUACUUCCGGAAGACCAGAUUAUUCCGACAGCGCAGGAGACAUACGCAGGCUUUGUCGCGGUUUACGAACAUAUUAUGAACAAACGCGUAUCUUCGAAUAUCCAAAAUCAACUGCAUUGUAACGCAAGAAGACAGUAUAUAAGGCGUUGCUGCGAUGGAGUGGCAACUUAUUUCUACUCAACUCUCGACCAACUUCAAGAAGAAGCUACACCAUUUGCAAAGAUGUAUGUUACACUAUUCCGAAUAUUGGCACUCGGUCCCAUGAUGUAUUUCGUCUCUGUAACAGAAGCAACACCUUUAGUGCAUAGCGCACUGAGACGACAGAGUAUGUGCGGACAGAACGUUAAUUUUUGUCAACAGGUGGUUGAUGAUAAUGACUGGUCAGUUGAAGUACAGUCUCUUCGUAAUAGAUAUGCAUUUAGACAUAACAAGACGCCACAAGGAACAAGUUCUGGGAUUUUGAAAUACAACGUUGAUAGAGAUUGCUACGAACGUAUGAAUAAAGUUAAUCAAGUGUGGGUUCAUCAGUGUGAACUGGUUGAGUUAUUGCCGUGGGUAGCUAGGAUAGCAAUUGAUGAGAAUGGUAGGACCCAAAACAUGAGACAUGAAGUGUUGUCCCUUAUAGCACCAAUAAAUAAUACAGUCAAUCUAAUCCACAACUUUGUGACAUCUAUGGUAUCAUGCGGUGAGUAUGAACCACACAAUUCAUGCCGACAUUCUAUUGAAUUAGCUGAUCCACAGUUUUGUGUAUGGAAUAAUACUAUUGCUGAUGAAAGAAACACCGAUGUGUAUUACUCUGUAUUGGAAGAUCUAAGCAAAUCCGCGACAGUGAUGCAAACCGUAUUUCAAAGAUUUCGGAAGGCAGAUAGAACAUGUUAG